AUGAAGAGAAGAAACAAAGAGCUUGAGCUAGAAAAGAGGGAAUUGGUAGUUAAGUUGCUUGCUGCUCAAGCCAAAAUACCUUCACUUUCUCACAUGACUGAGGGUAAAAUCAUGUCCAAGCUUGAAGAUGAAAUAAGUACAUUGAGAUGUGGCAACCAAGAGCUAUCAAAACAAAUAGAAAGAUUUCAGAAGGACAGAUUCACCAUGGUGGAAGAGCUUGUUUACCAGCGCUGGCUUCACAGUUGCUUGAGAUUUGAGAUCCAAAACAAAGAAAAUCCGCGAAGAGAAACCUCCGAAAUUAGUCUCAAGAACGAUCCGUUCCAAAAUUUUGAUGAGAAAAACAAGUCUCCAUCUUCAUAUCCAAGUUCUUCUUACAGCAUUUCUUCCAACAUUAGCUCCUCAACUGAGACUGACCAAGUUGAAAGCACCACAAUUGGAAGCUCUUCAAGUAGCCAAAACAGUAUAACUAGCAAGACUCCUAAUUUCAUGCAAAGAAUAAAGAAUUUUGGAAGAUGCAAAGAUGACUCAAGUGCUGCUGCCUUGUUAGCAGAAAAGAGAAAGAAAUCCAAGAGCAGGACGGGCCUCAUCCGCAGAUUCUCGACGUCAAAGGUUCUGGUGAACUCAUCACCAAAACCGAGUUGCCCGCGGGUUAGGAGAGUUUCAUUCAGUGAUUCAGUUAUGACACAUAAUGUGCCAAGUUCAGUUGAAAGUGUGUUGGAUCAAAGUGCAAGUGAUGAGAAUUCUAGCCACAAUUUCAGCAUUGGCUUCGAGGGAAAGGAAAAUUCAGAGGAAAUAAAACCAGAUGCGAGUCUUGUUAGUGGUGGGGAUUCAAGUGACACAAGCGUGAAAGUUGUUGAAGGUUGUAGCAUCAGUGAAAUUUCUGUCUCAAAGGAAAACAAGGAUGAAGAUCACAUGGCAUAUCUUUUUGUUGUAUUGUUUUUCUUUCUCUUCAUUUUUCUUGCUUAUUUCUUGCAGAUUACAACAAGAUGUCACAAAGCUUGA